AUGGUGGCGGGGAAUCUUCCGCGAGGCGCCGUGAAGCCCUCAAACACGCGCUCAGCCGACUGCCCGUGCCCGCGACAAUUCUCCUACAAACACCCUCGACAGUUCCUCGUUGCGCACCAAACCUCCCCGCGACCACAGCUCCCUUUCCUCUACCCUUCCGGCCAGCACCUCUCCAAUGGCCAGUUACAACGUCUAUUCUCCAUAAGUGCGAACCAUAAAAAGUUCAUAAAAGAGACGGCGAAGCUGAGCGUUCGGUAUUCGUUACUGAUCUUCGUACUCACAUCAUGCUUCAGCAUCGCGAGUUUGGGCAUAUUGAGCGAGCAGCAGGAGCGGGCGUUCCCGUCACCUCAUGAGUGGAGCUUGAUCACAAGAUUCCGGUUCAGGAGAGGGAAGUGGUGGCAGGUUCCGGAGAACAACGAGGAAGAAGGUUUCCCCAACUGGGCGCGGGUGUAUUCAGAGCUUCAGCAUACGCUGAACCGCUUGGAGAACACUGGCAAGGAUGGAGCAGGCCUGACGGAGCAAGAAGAGGGUGGCAUACUGGUACCCGGAGUCGGCAAGGCAGGCUUCGAUAUCACUGCGAAGAGCGAGGAGUGGCGGCAGGGAUACUACGAGGUCCUCAUGGGCAUGGCAGGCGCAGCAGAACGCCUGGAUGGUUGGGUAACAGACAAGUGGAGGAGAAACGUGUGGGCACCCGAGUUUGUCGAGUCGGCAUCGAAUCCACGCCCAAAGGCUGUCCUACCAGGCAUGCCUGAACUGCCAGACGAGGAGCAUCGCGUACCCGCUGCCGACGCACCAGAAACCUUUUACCUCAAGGUCAUAACAUCGAAAGGGUUUACCACCUAUCAAAGACUUUCAGCGGCGCUUGGCUAUGCAGACUGGCUUAGCUUCAGGAAGUUGCCAGACUCGGCAGAAGAAAUGUACCGUUGGGCACUCGACAUCGCCAUUGCAGGCUUACCGACCCCCGAGCCCUCGACGGUCAUCAGCCGCGAGACUGGCGUCCUCUCCUCCACCGCACCGAAGGAAUUCAUAACACCAAAUGUCGUCUACGCCGCAACAAACCUGGCCACUUUCAUGGCCGGGCACGGCAAAGUCGCUUCCGCACUACCCAUCUUCGUAUCCCUUCUUCGCGCUCGCCUCAGUGCAGCAGACGAAGUCAUCAUACCCACUCCCUCGACCCAAAAAGACUCAAGUCUCACAGGCACCCUUCUCAGUCUCCUAAGUGAGCCAGACUACCCACCUGUUCCUCCAUCAGGUGACGAGCCCCUUCUGCGCAAAGAAACCGACCGCUGCGAAGAGGCCGCCCUCAAAAACUAUAUUGGCGAAAUCCUCUUCGCAACCGCCGGCACCUCAUCCGCCCAACGCCAGCAAGGCCUUUCUUGGGUCCGCGAUGGCGUCUCGACCUCCAAAACCGCACAGUCUUUCGAAUCCAUCAAGCCUAACGAGGGCCUUCGCAAAAAGUGUGAGCAAUGCGAGGAAGUUGGGCUCGAGUCGUGGGGCAAGAUUAUGACGUAUCUUGCUGCUGAGGCGCGGGAAAAACGGGAUGCUGCGAAUAGUGGGUUGACGAGUCUAGUUUGGAAGGUUAGGGGGACGAAGGGGUUGGAUGAAGAUGUUGAGAAUUUGGAGGGCGAGAGCGAGGGGGUUAUGUUGAGGCUGAAUAAGCUGAGAGGCAGGAUGUUGAAGGAGGAGUAUGAUGACAUGGAUCGCAAGUAUGCGCGGACGUUUGUAUUCUAGAUAGAAUGGAUGUGUAUGCCAAAUGUAACAAAAGACAGCUGCAAACGCAGCAGUUCGCCACACGAUCCAACUCAUGUGUUCUGAUGCAUAAUUUCCGAAUCUGACUUGAAUCAAAGUAGUUUUCUAGAAGCUUCGUGAACGCAAAUCUACAAUCAGAGCAUACCAAAUAUAAUCAUUGAAUUUGCUGCUAUCUGAGCACAA